AUAAACUAAACAAUAGCAUUAUUGCAUCACGAGAUAUCCAAAUUCGUUCUACGAUUGCGAGUAUCGAGGCUUUGCACUGGUUCUCAGUUUUGACGAAGUAUCCAAAAUGUCGUCGAAUGUUGCACUUCACGUGAGGAUGAAGCUCCAACCUGGGAAACGGGACGGGUUGAUUGAGAUAUUGCGCCCAAUAGAGAAGAAAGCACGAGAGGAUCCAGGAACUUUAGCAUACUUCAUUGCAAUUCCAGCACAGGGAGAUGACGGCACCCAGAUUGCCAUGUUUGAAAUCUACGAGGAUCUAGCAGCAUGCGAUGCUCAUGCCGCACUGCCAGAAGUAGAUCCAUUAAGAAAAUCGCUCCCAGAUCUCCUGGCAGAGAAGCCCCUCUCACUCCGCUGCAAACCAUUCGGCAAGGGCUUCAUACGCUCAGGUAUCUCAGAAGAGGCCGCGGACGCCGGCUUGACCAUCAUGAUCCGCAUGACCUGGGCCGAGGGCACUGACAUGGCACAAGUCGAAUCGAACUUCGAGGAUCUGAUUGCUCACAGCGAAACAGAGCCUCAGACAUUUGCGUAUCACUAUGCUACCAGCGACGAGACCCCGAACACCUUGUACGCGUUUGAGCAGUUCGAGUCGGGGCAGUUCUGCAUGGAAACGCAUAUGAAGUCAGAUCAGUUCAUCAAAACUCAAAGCUAUGCUUCAGAUGCACUGACGCCUGAUCCAUUGUUUGCGAAGAGGGUACUUGGGUUUUCAAGGAAGUGAAAGGUCCAUAUAAAACAGCUGCAGUUAUUUUGACUAUCCAAUUCAGC